AAAACACGUCAAAAUCUGAUAGCGGUCGCGUUUUUAGAGUUGCAGAACCAAAAACCUAAGAGGAAGAUCAUACGUAAAUGACGGUUUUACCUUUCAUUAAAAAAAACCUAAAAAAAUCACUUAAAAUGCACUAAUUGGUACUCGAAGUCGGAUUGCUUAGUUAAUGUAAAGAUACUUUACCACUGCACCUCGCUAUCAUUACAUGUUAAAAAUAUCUGAUAUAUAACCUAAAACAAAUCGCCGAGUAAUUCCCAAUUAAUCCUACCGAGUUUCCGAACGGGGGUAUUUCUACAUAUAACUAUUACUUUUCAAGAAAAAUGAAUCUGGACAGCAGAAGAAAUCUAAUAAAACUCCAAACUAUAAGAUGACAUGUUUAAAAUAUAACUUUCUAUCUCUUCUCACUCCUAUACCAUUCAGAGAGAGAAAUUUUCAUUUUGGUGAUUCAGAGUUCUUCUGAAUUUUAACCAGGUGUGUGAUCAUGUGAUUUGACGUAUUAUUUGUGUAAUUAGCAAUUAGUUUUACUCUUUUUAAAGCUGAUGAAUUGCAAUAAUAUCAAAUUGGACUACCAUUCGAUAGUACACUAAGAAUCCUCGCCCCACACCUAAAUUAGAAAGUUAUUCUUAACUUUAAUCCAAACCGGUUAACUAAAAUGAAACUGGUAUUUAUGAAUAAUUAUUUUAUAAUAAUAGAAUUACUAUUUUUUGAAAAAUAAUAUAUAGAAUUACUUAUAAUCUCAUAUAUCUCUAAACCAUGAUAUGGACUUCGCUACUCAAAGAAAAUACUGGAGGCAAGUCGGAUAAAGAGAACAAGAAAAAGAUAAUCCGAUGAAAAUUUUUAAUAUAAUAAACUAUACAAAAACUAAGAAAAAUGGAAAUUUUUUUUUAUCACAUAUGCAAACAAAAAAUGAAAUUUAUAUUGAAGACGGUCGUUGUUUAUCUGUUUCCUUUAUACAGAAAAGGGAAGAAAGUACAAAAACUAAACAUCAUUAAAAAUAUCCAAAUAUAUAUUCAACAAUUUCCCUUUUUAUUGAGAUUGUGUAUAGUUGAUUAUCUUAAUUUUUCCUUAUCUUGGAAACCUCGGUUUCUAUAUAAACACAUGUAUAGGGGAACUAGAUUUUUCACAAAACAAACUCAAUCACUUCUCCAUAAGAUAUCUACCAAACUUUUCUCUCGACUCUAAAAAUCAAGAAUCAAACAACGAUCAAUUAUGGCUUGGAUCAAUAGCAAACUUUUCUUCACUUCUCUUAUGAUUCUUGUGGCACUUAUGGGGGUUGGAGUAGGAGGAACGGUUCACAAAGUCGGCGACUCGAGCGGAUGGACCAUGAUGGGUGUGGAUUACCAAGCUUGGGCUUCUUCAAGAACUUUUCAAGUAGGAGACUCACUGGUCUUCGAAUACAACAACGAGUUCCACGACGUCACUGAAGUCACUCCCCAUGAUUUCGAGCUAUGCUACUCGUCUAAUCCGUUAGCGAGGUACCAAACUGGAUCAGACACGGUAACUCUAACCAAACCUGGAUUUCAACACUUCAUAUGUGGAGUUCCUGGUCACUGCGACAUAGGACAAAAGCUUCACAUCCUCGUCUUUCCGGCCUCGUUGGGUCCAGUGGCUGCUCCAGUUCCGGGACCAGUCAGAUCACCAAGCUCUUCUAUGUCUCCUUCACCUUCUCCCUUGGCUACUUCACCAACCAAUGCUCCACAAUAUCAGAUGGGACCAUCACCUCUUUGAAGCACUGUUUCUUUUUCAGCUUGUUGGCUUUGAUCUUUUGUUAUAGCAAUCUUGUUGAUACCUUUUAUUGCAAUGAAUUUGGUUUGCUUUCUUGUAAUUCCUUUUUCUUCCAGCCGAUUUGUUAAUACAACUCGAUUUUUUUAAAAGAAUAUAAGAGUUUCGUAUGAAUCAUCAUUUAUUACAAGGUAGCGCUUUUGUUUUUUUUUCAAAUUUUGUUAAAGAAAAGAAAACCUAAGAAAUACUAUUAUAUAAAAAGUAUCAGGAUAGAGUGUUUUGGUUCAUCAAAUUUAUAAAAGUGGUGUGUUGCCAUUUAAAUUACAUAUUUAUAAGAUAAACUUGUUCAUGACUCGAACAAGUACGGAAUAAUAAGUGAGCACUUGAUCUAUAUAUUGGACAAAAAAAAACAGUUUUAUUAGAUCAUUUAAAGUAAAAGUGCACUUGUCCAAGAAAAUAAAAGUGCACUUGUCCAAAAAAAUAAAAAUAAUAAAAUGUGAUUUUUUUUUUUUUACUAAUAUAGAAGUAAACAACUAUAAAUAUUGGUGAAAAUCCAAAAUCAUUGCAAUUGUUUAAUAAUCUUUAAUAUCUUAUGGUAUUCCUACAUAUGACUAUAACUAUUCUAGAAAACUGAAUCUGGACAGCAGAAGAAAUCUAACAAAACUCAAAAAGAUAAGAUGAUAUGUUUAAAAUAUAACUUUCUAUCUCUUCUCACUCAUAUACCAUUCAGAGAGAGAAAUUUUUAUUUUGGUAAUCGGAGUUUUUCUGAUUUUUAACCAGGUGUGUGAUCAUGUGAUUUGACGUAUUAUUUGUGUAAUUAGCAAUUAUUUUUACUCUUUUUAAAGUUGAUAAAUUGCAUUAUCAUCAAUUUGGACUACCAUUCGAUAGUACACUAAGACCAUGAUUAAUCCGGGGUUCUUUGAGUGAAGUUCUUAGUGGAAGUUAAGAAACUGUUUCUUAACUUCCGCUAAGAACUCCAUCCUAAGAACUUCGGGUUAAUCAUGCUCUAAGAAUCCUCGCCCCACACCUAAAUUAGAAAGUUAUUCUUAACUUUAAUCCAAACCGGUUAACUAAAAUGAAACUGGUAUUUAUGAAUAAUUAUUUUAUAAUAAUAGAAUUACUAUUUUUUGAAAAAUAAUAUAUAGAAUUACUUAUAAUCUCAUAUAUCUCUAAACCAUGAUAUGGACUUCGCUACUCAAAGAAAAUACUGGAGGCAAGUCGGAUAAAGAGAACAAGAAAAAGAUAAUCCGAUGAAAAAUUUUAAUAUAAUAAACUAUACAAAAACUAAGAAAAAUGGGAAUUUUUUUAUCACGUAUGCAAACAAAAAAUGAAAUUUAUAUUGAAGACGGUCGUUGUUUAUCUGUUUCCUUUAUACAGAAAGACUUUU